AAUAUGUAAAUACAAUAUGGCCGAUAGAAGCGGAACUUUGCGAGUUUUUCCGAAUGGCAUUUUGCCAAUGGAUUAAAAAAUAGUAAAAUUCAUAAAUUCGUUUAAAUUUUGUGCAUGUACAAUUUUUUAAACGAAAUGGAUUAGAAAAUAUUAUGUAAAUUAUCAAAGUUUCUUUGAUUGUACCGAAAUGUCAAGAAAGUGCUGUUACUAAAGAAUGUUUAUUUCUCAAAUCAGGGUUAUCGUUUUUUGAAUUUUUUACUGCAAUAUGAAAUAAAACUUAAAAAAUUUGCAUUUAAUUGAAUACAGUGCUAUUGUGGAUUUAUGUUCGAUUUGCCGGCAUUUCGAUCAAUGAUGUUCGCAGUAUAGGUAUUGUCAUGGACACAGAUGUAGAACUUGCCAAAGGUGAAGGGUGUGAAACUAGUCCAGGUUGCUCUGGCUAUUCUAGCAUGGUGCACAGCAAAAAAGUUAUUAAACAUGCAUUACGACAGCAGGCCAAAAGACGUAGAAAAAAUACAACGAUUGCAGCUGGAAAUUCGCGUACCCUUCCAAGAAUUGUCGUUAAACCACUACCUCCACCUCCACCGAAUAAUCCACCUUCUCCAGUUAAUAAUGUACAACAUAUUAAUACUGCAACUGAAGAACCUGCUGCCACAAUGAGGGAAGUCCUGGCAAGUUUGCCAGGAUUUAGCUUAAAAUCUGGACGUAGACGAUCAACAAAACGAUUAUCAGCAACUGCACAAUUGGAAGCUGGUCUUGUAGAUCUUGAAUCUCCAGCAAGUAUCUUAGCAAGCACAAGUUUACGUGCUCUUUUAAAUAGGCAUACCUUUCAAGGUUUACCACCUUUGUAUCAAAGAAAACUUGCACAACUUUUACCUGCUGUAGAUAGACAGGAUGCUGCUACAUCUGGAUUAAACAAUGAAUUCUUUGCACGAGCAUGCCUAGAAUGGCGUAAACGCUUGGCAGAAGGAGAGUUUACUCCAGAAAAUCAACAAAGAUUGAAAAUGGAGGCAGAAAGAGAUAAAAAUAAAUUAGAUCCAUGGAAAGUAAAACAUUUCGAACCUAUAUGGGGUGAGAAACGCGAACCUAAAAUUAGAUCAGGUCUUCAUUGUAUUGCGGAAUCAAGAUCUGGAGGAGCUGUAACACGUUCGAGUUUAAGACUUCGCUUAGAAUCUAAUGUAGAUACACCUAUAUCAGAUACUCCCUGUCCUAUUAUGUCUGAAGAUAAGGUUGAAGAAGAUAAUUGUAAAGUUGAAACUAGUAUAAAUAAUUCAGAAGAAUUAAAUGAAACAACAGAAAUACAAGAAUUAUUACCAACAGAAUAUAAUGAAACAACGCAUACGUUAAUUGAUGAAAAACAUAUAGACUCUGUAAACAUAAAUUCUGUAGAAACAAUAACUGAUACUGAAAUGCAUCAGGACAAAUUAGAAGAAGAUGAUAAAGAUCUCUCAGAAAAACAACAUAUGCUUGAAGAAAGUGAAGUAGUAGCACAAGUUUGUCAAGAAAGUAUUUCAAAUACAUUUGAUGAAGAAAUUCACUUAUCUCAAGAUGAAAAAAAUCUUCAAUCAAUAGAGAAUCACAUUCUUGAAGUAUCUGAAGAAGAUACAAUACUUCUACCUGAAGAAAAUUCACCAAGAUCUAAUGAACAAAUAGAACAAAUGUCUCAAACAUCUAGAGAAACAUCAUCUCAAUUAUCAACAGAAUGUACAUCUCAAACUUCCGUAGAUCAAGUAUCUCAAAUUUCGAAAGAACAAAUAUCCCAAAUAUCAGAAGAACAAAUUUAUCCGAUGUCCGAUUGUGAAGCUACAACUAUACUCGAAACUUCAUCGUCACAUGAACGAGUUAGACCAACUGAAAUCGUUAUGAAUGAUUCAACAUUAAUCAAUAAUCAAACUGAAGUAACACAGGUUUCUCACGAGAAUCCAACGGAUGGUGAAUCACAAAUUCCUGAAGGAAUGGAGAUCGAUAGUGAAACAUUACAACGUAUUCAUGAAUUGGAGGUAAGGGGAGAAAUGCGUGAAGCUUAUGAAGAAAUUUCGGGAUGUCCCGAAGAAAUAAUGUAUCCUAUUCUUGAUGGAAUGGAAAUGGGAUCGAAUAAUACUGAAGAAACUGAAACACAGGUUGUCUCAGGACAAUCAGAAACUAUCAGAGAUCAACAAGAUGUAAAUAGUGGAAAUGAAGACGAAGCUCUUCGAGAAGCAAAUAAUUAUGUGUGUUCCGAGAUGUUAGAAUGUAGUUGGUCGGUAGAUCCCACAGUUAGUAAUAUUAACAAUAAUAAUAGGCCUCAAGAAGAGCUUCAAGUUCCAUGGCCACUAGUAGCUGCAGCUCUUGAUGGAUCUGUUGCUGCUAAUAUUACAGUGACUACUCAAGAUGAAUGCAACGAGACACCUACUUCAACAGAUUCAACUAAUCCACCUCAACAAUUUAUCAAUGCAGAUUCUAAUGUAGAAUCAGUUAACUGUAUUCAAUUACCAGUUGUUCAAGGAACUCCGUUUCAAUCGGAAAGUCUCGCAAUUGGUACACCAGGAACAAGCUGUAUAAUGAAAAAUUUUCAAUCUCAAAGCUCACCUAUUAUUGCAUUUCCACAAUUACAAUCUAUUAGAUUUGUGCAAACCAAUUUUCAUUCUGAUCAAAACACUGCGUCAUCUUUAAAUAGUACAUCUCCAAUUAAUGCUCAAAUUCAGAAUACAACUUCACAAGUGAAUAUAAUGAGAACGCAAGAAGAAGUCGUUCAAUUAAAUACUCAAAAUAAUAAUACACGAAAUAUUAGAAAUAAUGUGAUUCAAAAUCAAGUUCCGAAUACUGUUACGGCAGCAAUUAGUGUACAACCACAAAAUCGUACACAAAAUACCAUUGUAAUUCAACACCAAGCAUCGGCUCCUACGCAACCACGGCAAGUUGUAGCGACCAUACAACAACAACAAUAUCCUGGAGGAACAGUUACUGUAUCUUCAAGAUCUUCACGUUCUAGUAAUCAAAGUAAUCAGAGAGGUUCCAGGAGUAACAAUAAAGAACAAGGAGGAGGUCGAUCUCGUAGUACUACAAAAGAACCACCUGGUGCUGUUAAUUUGGAACGUAGUUACCAAAUAUGUCAAGCGGUUAUACAAAGUUCACCAAAUAGAGAUCAACUAAAAGCUCAUUUGAAACCUCCACCUAGCUUACUUGCUAGAGGCGAUGGUGCAUUCACAACGAAUAAAUCUGGUGGCCGUACAAUUACAACAGUCAAAACUCAGAAACCAUCACAAACAAUACAAAAUAAACAAACUCAAAAUAAAACACAAGCAGUUAUGUUAAGACAUGUGUUUGCAACAGCACGUCAAGCAACUUCUACAGAGAUUCCAGAAAGCAAUAACAUAGCACAAUUAGGAUCUACAACAACAGGUGGAUUAGGUCAAUAUAUAUUGGUACAGAGAACAGGAGUUGGAGAUAGUGCACCUAGAGCAUCUUCUGCACCACCUCUACCUCCUCAAAUUGCUGGAAUGGGUGUCGGAGUGCAUUUAGUACGUGGUAGACCUGCUAGUGCAGGAGAGGGUUCACAUCAGGCAGUAACGUUAAAAGCAAGAGGUUCUGAUGGUAGAGGAGGAGGUGGCGCCGAACCUGGAGCACCUGGAAUGAUUAUGGGUGGAGAUCCACCACCUCCAUGUGAAUGUAAUAUGCGUGGUGCUAUGGUAAUAUGCCGACAGUGUGGCGCGUUUUGUCACGAUGAUUGCAUCGGGCCUCAACGUAUUUGUGCUACCUGUCUGAUACGUUAAUCAUUGUUUAAAUGAUGUUUCUGUGUAAAUUAAAAAAAAAAAA